AUGUCCGGUAAGUCGAUUAGCGAGCUGAGCGGCAAGCAAAUCCCCUACCGUCACUUCGCUGGACGUAAGAGAUUGGAGGGGAUCGUCUCGGCUCCGAAAAUGUUGCGUCUUCGUCGAGCCGCGGAAUUGGCGAACUAUGGAGAAUACUCAGGGGAUCCAACUUUGGGAGAAAUUAGAAACUACGCAUCGACCAUCCUUUCCUUGAUGACUCAGGGUGCGCCACGUCCCGACGGCAAAUUGCUCUUCAUCGGUGGAGCGAUUGCCAACUUUAUCAAGGUUGGAGAGACUUUCCAGGGUAUCAUCGAACUUUGCAACUUUGCAUUGAUGCUCCAAGCCCAUAAGAUCUCAAUCUACGAUCGAAGAAGUGGACCAAAGCACGAGCUAGCGCAGGAUCAAGGAUGC